AUGUCUAAAGGAACAAUUGACAUACUUCCUCUGCAGAAAAAUAGAGUAAAAACUUCUCCAGCCUUGUCAUCGAUGAUCAAUGGUAAUAUUGGUGGUCCUAAUGAUGGUGAAGCUGAAGUCGAAUUUAUAAAAGACGUUAUCGUUCGCUCUACAAGUGACCAUAUUCAUUCAGUUGUAUCGACCAUUUAUCCAUAUUUUGAAAACCAUCUUGAUGAUCUAUCAUAUUUUCACGAUAAAGAAAUUUUGAUCCCAACAAAUGAAUAUAACUACAUGUUAGGAAUGAUGAAAUACGAAGGGAACACUUAUUUGAGUUUAGAUUCUUUAUGUGAGACAGAGUCAAUAGAUUGUUUUGGGGAAUCAAUUUACUCUCUUGAUUUAUUGAAUGUUUUUAAGGCAUAUGAAAUUCCCAACCAUAAACUUACACUAAAAACAGAUGUUCCCGUCAGGUUGCUUCGUAAUAUCGACCAAACCAAAGGUUUAUGCAUUGAUAACAGUCAUCGUCGGCCAAAGCACAACCACCAUCGCCAGAAGCCGCCAGCGGUAGCACAACCACCACCACCUGAAGCCGGGAGAAGGGAGACAUAG